AUGCCUCCCAAACGAAAAAAAUUAGGAAGACCGCCAGGGUCUAAAAAUAAGAAGCCCUCUGUAAAAGACCUGGCAAAUAAGUUGGCUAAGAUAAAACGGAAUAAUAUAGAGGAAUCAGUUAAAACAACUACUGAUUAUCAAUGUACUGUAUGUGACAAAUAUUUCCCAUCGAAGAAAGCGUUACUGAAACAUAAGGCAAUAGAAGUAUCUAAAGUCAUUUAUACGAAGGCACCAUUCAGUUGCCAAGAGUGUCGCAAGAAAUUCAGAUUUGAAAAAAGCUACCAGAAGCAUCUUCAACAUGAACAUUCCAAAUUACCAAACAGUGUUGCAUGUGACAAAUGCCAUGUACGCUGUCCUGACGAAGCUACUUUAUUGGAGCACACACAAAAAGUUCAUGAAAGGAACAUGUUUUUGUGUCCACAUUGCAAAAAGGAAUUUGUAAGACACUCUCAUGUAUUAAGACACCUGGCGCAGAGUGGAUGUGAUGGACAGAGUGCUUCUUGUUAUUCGUGUGAAGUAUGUGAUGCAAAAUUUUCAAGAAAAGAUAAUUUAACAGUUCAUAUUCGUUUACAACAUAUUUUCAGAAAAGAUUAUUUUUGUAAGUACUGUAAAUUCAGUACCAAAAACUUCUCAAAACUAGUGAACCAUUGGCAUAAACAUCAUGCAGAAACACCUGAUCAAUAUCAAUGUGAUGAGUGUUCAAAAUGGAUCAGUUCACGUGCAGCUAUGAUGAAGCAUCUAGAAAUACAUGGUGAGAAGAAAUAUUCCUGCGACAUGUGUGGAUAUAGCACGUACACUGUAGAGGUGAUGCGCCGUCACAUUCUUACGCACGUAGAGGAUAAGCCACAUAAGUGUAAUUUGUGCAACCGUUCCUACAUACAGCGUGUUCAGUUGCAGCGACAUCUGGAAAAACAUAUGGGCAACUUGUGCACUGAGUGCGGUCAAACAUUCUCCUCCAGAGCUAAAAUGCUGGUACACCUGAGAGAGCAUAUGGGAUUGGAAAAAUUACGAUGCCCACUUGAAUCAUGCCCAUACUCCACGAAGGAUUUCAUAAACGAAUCGAGUUUGACCUAUCACCUAAAUGUACAUUUAGACAAUAAGCCUCACAGUUGCGACGUGUGCGAGAAGAAGUUCCACUCGGAGAUAAACUUGAAGCGGCACCUGGAGACGCACACGCUGGACCGGCCGCGGCGCUGCAUGUACUGCGUGUCGGCGCGCGCCUACGUGCGCGGCGAGCAGCUCAUCCGCCACGUGCGCAAGAGCCACCCCGCCGCCUUCCGCUCGCACCUGCAGCACGUGCGGCAAGUGCUCGGAGCAGGUAACACAACAGACAGGGUGAAAAAAUCAGAAAUAGAGUCAAUCCUCAAUUUGUUGGAUGCGGAGGCUGAUCGUAUUCUGCAAGGGUACAGCGGGUCGGGGGUGCUCUACGGUGGCAUGCAGGAGGAUGUGAUCGUGCCCGUAGAACACUCGACAGAAAAAAAAACAAAUAACCCUCUGAUGUCAGAAGAAGAUUUGGCUGAUAAUUUGAGUAAAUUAAUUACGCAACUCAUCGAUCAGGAGACACUCAGUUUGUUUGGCUGGCCUGGUGAGACUGUCGAUGUGGUUUUAGAGAAAGUAAUAGAGCAAUGCGGGGCUCGUGCAGCAGAUCGGGAGAAAUGGACUCGAGUACAGCGCCUGCGAGAAAACACAAAGCAUUUAUUUUUGUAUGUCAUUGAGGACAAGAAUAUCGCGCGGAUGCUCGAUACACACACAAUCGAUCAAAUUGUAAUACACAUACUGAAGCAAGUCUCUGAAGAUGAUUCCAUAGAAAGUAAUCAAUGA